UCUCUCUCGCUCCCGCUCUUACUUUCACUUCACAGUUCACUCCACCCUCUCUCUCUCUCUCUCUCUCUCUCUCUCUCUAUAUAUAUAUAUAUAUAUAUCGGAAAUUGAUUGGAAUCUUCAGCUAUAUGUGGAGAUUAACGCGGGAACUCUCUGCCUUCUCUCCAAAUGGAAGUGAACUCUGUGGAAAAGAUUUGUAAAUUCUUAAUUUCUUGUGCUUUCCAGAGAUGCCGCAUGUUAGACGACUUCUGCAGGUUAUCGGUUUAUCUCAAACCUGAGCCUCCACUAGUUCGAAUCUCAGGCAUGCACCGAACAUCUGUUUUAGCUUGGAUGAAAAUGUUUUAUGAAAUUGUCAUUUGUUCUUCCUCAACAGUUUCAGACACAGGCAUUGGAAGCACUCUGGAGGAAUUUCACGAAUUGAAAUACCAAAAUGAUCCUUGUUUGGCCAGUAAAUGGGAUGGAGUUCUGUGCAUUGCCACCACAAGAAUCUCUGAUAAAGAAAUACAUCACCUAAAAAUUGACUUGAAAGAAGUUUUUUCAUCACGACGACUGGUGAGACUACCAUCAAGAACAAAAAAUGGAGCAAAAUUCAGUGGAACCGAAGUAUCUGUGUCAAUGUAUGAAGAAAUUGAUGGUCUACUAACAAUGCUAUCCGUCUUUGUCCAAAAGAUGCUUCUCCUGAAACCUCCAAAGAUUGCAGUUGAACUAUCAGUUGAAUCUGCUCACUGUGUAGAAUCACAAUCUCAAAGUAUUGUUCUGCAAAAUUCAUGCUGUGCCCUACCCAUGCAUUCAGAAAAUAUUGACCACCUGAAGCUGGGAUUUCAAGAGUAUGUUUCCAAGCAUGGAAACAGGCUGGUUGAAGCUUGCCACUCUUGCUUCUCAACUGGAAAUAAUCUCAAAAUUGGGACUGGGAUAGCUCAUAGCAGAAGGAACCAACAAAGUACUGGACAGGUGAUGGAAGUCGUCAUUAUCAUUAGUGAAAUAUCAAUUCCAGCCGAAUCCUCGUGCUUAAGGUUAUAUGGCAGAAGAACAGAGGUUUUAUACUUCAGGGAUUUCUUUCCCUGCUCAAUAUCGCAAUCUUCUCUUGAUGCAUUGGCCAGCAUAGAAUGGAAAAAUUAUGGGUUGGUUCUAAAGAGAAUUGGAGAUCAAGAUGGUGUCACAUUAUUAGAAUGGGAGAAUCUACCACCAUGCAUGCACAUUGACAUUGUGCUCCACAGAUAUCACAAACAAUAUCCUCAAGUUUUAUGGAGAGUGAUAUACGUCAUAUUCUUCUGUGUUUUGAUAGUAAUGAAGCUAUGGAGUUUGCAUUGCAGACAAUUUGGUCAUGCGCAUUUAUUCCUUGCUCGUGUUUGUUUCUUAACUUGCUGCAGAGCGAUGAUGCUGCCUUGCACAGGAAACAACCAAAUUGAUAAAUCCCUUACCAGAAAAGGUGUCAAGCUUGCAUUGAAAGAACUGAAGCAAAAUAAUGCAGGAGUUCUACUUAGUGAACGUGCAGUCAAGAUUUGCAGCUAUGCACCUGAUCUUGCCAAAACACUUUCCGGUCUGAUAUUGUCUUCACACGACAAAAAUUUCCAAGGAGAAUGUUUUUCUCUUCUCGGAUUGCAGUUUCAGGAAAAUGAAAGAAACAUAGUCGAGAACUGCAUCAAGGAUAAGAUAAUUUCUGUUGUAGCAAGAAAUGACAGGACUUCCUGGGGUACCCGAGACGCUCCGUGCCUCUUUGUAGAUGAUGCUCCUCAGGAAUCAUAUGGCCUGGACGAGGAGUGUGACGGCAGCGAGGAAGCACUCGGUUACUGGGAUGUAUAAAAAAGCAUCAUGUAAGAUCUGCAUACUUUUUAUCAUGUUGGGACAUUGAGUACCGCGUGUUUUGGAUUUACCCAUAGCUAAUUAACAAUUUGACCAUUAGGUGAGGUAAGAUCUAGUAUCUAUAAAACAGCUAGCAUCUACGUACCACUUUCACUCCUAGACAGUACCUAUCUUAUCUUUUGUAAAUAGCUUUGCCUACCAUUUUAAACUGAGCGGGUUAUUAACACUGAUGACUGAACACAUUUUCUUUUACU